GAAAGACACGCUCAUUCCAACUCACACCUCGCACUUAUCGCUCAACUCUUUGCAAGAAAGCAUCGCAAGUGGAAUCUAAUACUGGAGAUCCAGCGAAUCCAUACACACGCAUUCUUCAGGGAAUGACCCAGGAAUGGGCGUUGGAGAUGAGUGGCGUAGCUUUAUUUGUUCGCUCCUCGUUUGCGUUUGCAUUUUUUGUCCCAGAUCGUCGGCCGGCUCUUUCGCCGACUGCAAACCACUCUCACCUGCACUCUUGCAAAGAGCUGAGCGAGCAGCUAGGAAAUACGCUCCAGCAGUUUGGCUAGCACCAGACGAGAAGUUCUUUCCGAGUAGCGCCCUUGAUUUUCUGGAUCAUACGAAGUACGCAUCCCAACGGGGCAAGAAUGGAAAACAUUUCAAGCUACCCAGCGGGGCCAAGUCAAGGAACAUGUUCCUUGAGCCAAAAGAGCCCUUAGCCAACCUGUUAGCGAAUUCAAGUUCCUUUCUGUAUGGCCACAACCCUGAAUUCUUCUCGGUGCCAGUGUAUGCUGUGGUCAGCUCUUGCUGCAGCAACGUGAAAGCGGACCAAGUGGAGGAAUCUCCCUUUGAAAUAACCUUUUGGCUCUUCUUCCCCUUCUCCCAAGGAAAGGAAAUUUGUACCAUCUCGGCAGGGGCGUUAGGGCCCGUCCCUUUUCCCUGGCUGAGAAAGUCAUGCCUUGGGAAAGUGAAAAGAUAUGGCAGCCACCUUGGAGACUGGGAGCACGUCACCCUCUCCUUUCCUGCUUCUGGUAGUCGCCCUUUAGCAAUGUAUGUGUCAACCCAUGAAGCCGGUGCCCUGUACUUGGCCCCAAUGCUUCAGACUGGACGCGUAUGGGACUUCAAAGGCUAUGAGGUGAGGAAAGGCAUCAAAAUUGGAGCGCCGCGUUUCCCAAAGAGUGCGUUCCACUUGGACUCUGGAAGACCUGUUCUUUUUGCUGCGAAUGGCUCUCAUGGCCUCUGGACCCAGCCAGGAAGACAUAAAUACGUGUCCUUUCCGGCACUUGAAGACAUGACAGGCUAUGGCACCAUGUGGCGCACCUGGCAGGGUUUGCAAAUGAUGUCGUGGCCACCCAAGGAGGAUGAUCCUGAGUGGCUUCAAUUUGAAGGCCACUGGGGCGGUGAGAAGCAAGACUGCCAUCCAUUGAGUGAAAAAGUUUGCACCCAUACUGACGGGCCGAGGGGCAUUCCAACCAAAACUCAUUCUUUUAGAUGUCUGGCUCAAGGAAUAACCCUCAAAUCUAGUUAAAAUGCGUUGUAGUAAACUAUAUAAAAUUAGAGGUCUCAGCCGCGAGAUUUAAGGCGGCGGCUGGCGGGGACGGUUUAGCCGAUUUUUUUCAUGGCGCCUCGCAGUCCUGGCACGGCUGUCAAUCUUUUAAACGUUAAGUCUGAUAGUGCUUAGCGGCCGGAGGAGCCGGAAGACAUUUUUUUCUCCUGCACAUUUUAAUUUUGGACCCUGGAGUGGCUGGCGCAGCUUAGCCAGAUUCACGGCGUCUGGCGGCUGCCCACGUGACCCAAAAUUUGCCGGCUGGCGCAGCGUGGCUGGCUGAGACCUCAUUGCAAAAUCAAAGACGUAGGAAAUGAUAGCACAGCUUUCAUACUCCUAGCAUCCUAUCCUUGAGAUUGUUACAGCACAAGAUCUGAUAUUAUAUUGGGCUUCUCAAGAAAGCUUUAAAUAUUUAUGUUAAUUUUGUAAGGAAUAGAAUAAUAUUACUUAAAAGAGUAUGGAGAACCAUUGGGGCAGUUAUCAUUUUUGUGAAAUCUGUUAUGACCAUUAGGGUUUUUAUUUUGUUUGCCAUAUAAUAUAUAUAUAUAAUGAUGAUUUUUCACUGGAAAGAAAAUCUUUUCUGGUGUGAAGACUUGCAGGGAUUUAAAAAUGUAAUGCCUGUUCAUAUGUGCUGUAUAGUUUUGUGUAAAUAUACAUGUCAUUUUUAUUUUU